AUGGAAUCUGCUCGCUCUCGAAAUACCCGGGAUGGCACCCGAAAGCAAGGUACGGCACGAAGAAGUGGCGGUACUACUAGUAGCAAUGGCAAUCAAGGCUUCGACGAGUUUGGAUUUGGUCAACCUGCCUUUCCGGAUUCUGCGUUUGACAACCACGGCUUUGAGAUGCCGCAAACUCGAAUUCAGCCAACGAAGAUUCGUUCCCGCCGUCGAGCAUCUUUAGCUGCGGCGCCGAACAUUGACGUUGUGUCGGAAAACCCGUCAAUAGGUUUUACCAAUCAAUUUCAAUCUUCACAAGACGAACAGGUGUCUCGUGGUGGAGCCCGCUUGGCAAAGGCGGGACGCUCAUCGCGCUCAAUGGACGGCAUCGAAUUCCCAACUGCACGCAAGGACGUUUCUAGUCAAAAUCGUCCUCGUCGUUCGGGUCGCCGGGCUUCAAUGGCUACUUCUUCCAACCACAGCCUUUCCGCUUCCAAUCACACCAACCCGGAACUCGGUUACGGAGACGCCAUUCCGUCUGUUGCUGCUAACCAUAGAAAAGGAGACUCUAAUAGCGGAAUUUUGGACUUCGGCUUUGGUGGUGGUAAGAAUGCCGGUACAGCCAAUGCCGACUACGGCUACGGUGACACAAUGUCGUCGGGUUUUGGUAAUUUCGAGUCUAUGCCAUCCGCGCCUUCCACCACACCCGAAUCUGAACGUCCGCGUCGCAGCGGACGACGCUCCAGUAUCAGUGGAGGUCUUGAAAGUCUACGGUCUGACUUGCGCGGAGGCGACCUGAGUGGUGCUCCGUCUAGUCGGGUGUUGGGUGGAAAUUCUCGCGCCCAGAACAUUGUGUUGCCCAUGGCCGGGCCGGAAAAAGUGGCCGGUGGCAAUGUUCGUCGUGGACGUCGCGGAUCCUUACUGGGUAGUGUUGGUAAUGCAGUCGGAGCUACCAUGGGGGGAUUCACUGGUGGAAAUAAGGACAAGGAAAAACUCGACGACGAUACCACCAAAAAGUCUAAGUCUUUUCUAAAGGAUCGCAAGGCUGAAGGUCGGCGAGGCACGACACGUCAACCAUCGGCCGAUGGCAAUAUAAUCUCUUCCUAUACCGGCGAUCGCGACCGACGCCGCAAGCCGGCAGCGUCGUCCAAGACCCUGGGCAAAGAGAGCAACGUGUCGUACUCGGAUCGUAUUUUAGCACAGCGUGACUGUAGUUGUGGAGGUGAAGGGAGCAGCAGUAGCGGUAGCGGUAGCAGUGACGGUAGUAGUGCUUGUUGUCGCAGCAAAAUUUGGCCGGCGGCUCGAUGUGAAACCUACCGAACACUCGAAAUCGAUGCUUCCUCCUCUAUGACAUUGCGACGGCACGGCUUGCGAGGACUGCAUAUCUCCCCUACUCAAAGCGUAGGGGACGAAAGUAGCUUCGAUGUGGACUGCCAUGGAUAUUGUCAAGACGUUCAAUCGAUACUGGACGCCGCGUACGUUCGCUUUCUCAAGGCGCUCCGGCGAAGCGUGUCUUCCACGCCUUUGGCGCAUCACGACCGUCGCGAAAAUGAAAAGGUCGCUCAACAUGACAACGUACAGGCUCUGUUGGGCAUUCACAUUUCCAUUACUACGAAUGAGUCUGCACUCGUACACGACGCGGACGAACGAUACCAACUGGACGUCCCAGGGCCUACCGUCACUGAAAACGACGACGACGACGAUGGCAGCUACAUUCAUCUCACUGCACCCACCGUCUACGGCAUUCUGCACGCCUACCAAAGCUUACUGCAGCUGGUGACGUUUGUUGGUAGGGACUCUCAAACAGGCGCUUUCGUAUUCGCCAUGCCGGACACAACCCUCAUUCGAAUCCGUGAUGGACCCGUGUAUCCCUACCGGGGACUCAUGAUCGACACGGCCCGACAUUUUUUGCCACUACCGCUUAUCUUGCAAAACUUGGACGCCAUGGAGGCCAGUAAACUGAACGUCUUGCACUGGCACGUGACUGAUUCGCAGUCGUGGCCCUACGUCAGUACUGCUUUUCCGGAGCUUAGUGCUCGGGGAGCCUUUGGUCCUGAAGAAACCUACACGGCUACAGAUAUUGCCCUCGUCGUGCGGGAAGCCGCCGCACGGGCGAUUGGACGCUCACAUCCGGAAUGGUUAACACCCUGUGGGUCCAAGCCACGGCCGCAAGAACCUUUGGAUGCGACCAAUCCGGCCGUCUACGAAUUCGUACACCGCCUCUACGACGAAUUGGCAAUACUCUUUGCGCACGAAUCCUUUUUACACGUCGGAGGAGACGAAGUCAAUUUAGAUUGUUACCACAAUAGCACGACGGUCCAAAGAUGGAUGCGAAAACACAAUAUGACACAGGAACUUGAGGUUCUGAGCUAUUUUGAGCGUGAUUUGCUUUCGUACGUCACCGCUGUAUUAAAUCGUCGUCCCAUUGUGUGGCAGGAACUCUUCGAUUCGGGAUUGGGUCUUCCCAAUCAGACAAUUGUCGAUGUCUGGAAAUCGUGGGAACCUUCGUCGCGAUACAACGCCACUUUGCGGGGCCACGAAGUUAUUUUGUCCUCGUGCUGGUAUCUCGAUCAUUUGAACGAAGAUUGGCAAAGCUUCUACGCCUGUGAUCCACGGGAGUUCAACGGUACGAAAGAACAGAAGAACUUGAUUCUGGGCGGUCACGCUUCCAUGUGGGGGGAACGGGUGGAUGCGACCAACUUUCUAUCUCGUGUUUGGCCCCGUGCCAGUGCUACGGCCGAAAAGCUGUGGACAGGCAACUUAACAGCUGCGGCGGAUUCGGCGGCUUCUCGAUUGGCCGCCUUUCGCUGUCAUUUGGUCCGCAGAGGAAUUCCGGCCAGUCCGGUCGGUCCGGGAGCAAGUUGCGGCAGACAACCAAAUGGUUUUCCGGCUGUGAUCGAUAGCUUUCAUGACGAGGAGUUGCAGGAAGGAAAGGUUACUUGAGCAGAGCUUUCUCUGGUUUUACUGGCCACCUAGCAAUGCGCAGACACUAGAUAUCGUGCCGAUUGAAUUUCACGUCGCCGAGUCGCUUCUUCCCUGGCGUGCUACUGCAACCAACCAUAAAUGAGUUCACUUCAU